GAUUCUCCCAUAAUCCUUUGCGGCACAGCAAGACCACAUAAUUCUGAAUCGACGUCUGUGCGCAGGGAAUCUUGCCAUAAUUUCGAAAUAUUGAGCCUCCCUGCCGAGAUGAUGUGCGACACCACAAACCGAAGUUUUCGUACGCAGCUAGCCGCCGUCCUGGAGAAGCUAACGAAGGCGGCUUUGGUAGAAAUCUGUAACCUGGCAGAUGAAUGCUCCUCCGUCCUUCACACCGAGAUGUCCCUGCACAAGACUGAGAAUGAGGCGUUGAAGAAAAGGUGUUACUCACUGGAGGUCCAGCUAAGAGCGGCUAGAGAGGCACAGAGCUACCCUGGACAUGUCAACAGCGUGGGCCACCGGCACCCAGCAGCAGAACAGCAGCAGCCUGCCCCAUCGAUUGAGGGCGUUUUUGGAAAAGACUGGUGCAUGGACCUGUGGAGAGAAGACAAAGUCACACCACGAAGGAAAGACAUGGAGUCUGCGGCUAUGUCGAGCAUGGGGACACAGGCAAUAGAUUUGAUCGACAGAGACCCUGAUCUCAUCUUUGUCAAGGAGGAGAUUUACGAUGAACAUCCUAUUGGCCAGCAACAGAUGAGGAUGACAGACACAAGAAAUAGUGUUGGGCUAUUUGAGGAGGACAGCAUGCUUCAUAGAUCUAUCAAUGAGUUGCAGCUUCACUCUGGAGAAUUAAACAACUUCCCUAUGACAACUGAUAGUCACAACACAGCACAACAACGGCCUCAGCCAACACUUAUGGAUAACCUAAUAGACGAUGCAACAAUGAGCACUCUUGUUGACAACACAAACCCUCCAGCAACCUCUGAUUACCCGGAUUUUACUCAGAAUAUCAACACAAACACAACCAAAGAAAUUAUAAUUCAACCAAAACCUAUGAAGCCAACAAAACGCUUUGAGUGCUUAUUUUGUGGAAAAAUAUUUAACUAUUUGAGCAGCUUAAAAGUCCACAUCAGACGACAUUCGGGAGAAAAACCGUUCAGCUGUACAGUCUGUGGGAAGCGAUUCGCUCAGAAAACGUACCUGAAGCUGCACCAGCGCGUGCACUCAGGGGAGAAGCCGUACAGCUGUCCAGACUGCGGCAAAAGUUUUUCCCAGAAAAGCUCUCUGAACAUACAUCUUCGAACACACACAGGUGAAAAGCCUUAUAGCUGUGUGGAUUGUGGGAAAAGUUAUGCCUAUAAAUACGGUUUAAAUCACCACCAGUGUUUCAGCUGACUAGUUAAACCUCAAGAAGAACCUGGUUAUUGUUCCAAAGUCUAACUCUAACCACAACUGCAACAUUUUUUUUUUUUUUUUUAUUAAAGUGCUACCAGUUUUGCUUAAAAAACACAAAUGCAUAACCUCAGAUAUGUAAAGAAAGUGUGCAUUUGUUUGAAAUACUUGCCAAAAGAGCUUACAUUGAUUCAGGUGAUUUGACAGAUUGAUGUGAUUGCCAGAUUUUUUUGUUACCCCAGUAAGCCUUUAUCGCUCUGCUUCUGUGCAGGCAAAGUGUCACAGAUAGGCUGACACUUAGCUGUAAUAGAUCGAGCAAUAAUGAACUAAUGUCCUCCUUGUCACCCAUUGCAUGUCAUUAUGUGGCAGGUUUAACAAAAUAAUUACUUUGGAUGGACACUCCAGUGUUUGCACAUACAGUACGUAGCAUAAACCUUCAAAACUACCUCUUCACACUCACUACUGCUUUACAUUACUCAUAUACAUACCUCAUUUUCUAGCUUAAACUAGGCAGAAAGGUAGCAGCCUGACCCCUUGAGAAAUGUAUUUAUUUUACUUCAGUUCAAGAAAUGAUGUUACUGUUCCAUCUAAAUGUAUUCAUAUUGCUACUUAAUGUUCUUGAAAGAUUGUGUUGUCUACAGUAUGUGCAGUCGAGCCACACUUCUAUUUUUCUAACUACUGUUUAAGAAGUCACAUUUUUUAUUCUCUACUUAUGUCAUCACGCUCCAAAAGAGCAGCUCUUUGUCAUCAUAUUCUAUUUCUUCUGUAAUAAUAAUAAUAAUAAUAAUAAUAAUGAAAAUCCUCCCCUGAAAAGGCCACAUUAAUGCAGCUGAGUGAAUCAUCUCCUCUGCACUGACUGAAACAAUCUUGUGUAGUUGGAUUUUAUUCUCAUUUUGCUCACUCCUGCAUGCCAGUCACAAAGCUCCCCCCACCCAUUUUAAAUGCCUCGUUCAGGUUGUUCAAUUUGAGUGUAAAAACUUCAUUGAAAAAAAAGUUGUUCAAAGUGUGUUGAAUUUUAAUAAGAAAAAAGAAGCAUACAUCCCCAAAAGUGGAAAAAAUGUAAAAUAAAAAAAUGUAUUCACCUAGUGAAUAAGUUCAUUUUAUUGUAAAGACAAACAGCAACUAAAAUAUUGAGGUGCUAAAAGCUGCAAUAAAAGCAUCACAAAUGACAAAAGACUUUUUUUUAGUGUUAUACUGCACAGAUCAUUACAAACAAGAUGUCAACUAUUCCUACGUUAUUGUUAGAAGUAAUACAUUUUGCAUUCAGAUGAUACAGUUUUCAGUCUUUGAGUCACUGGCAGAUUUUAACUCAGAUUUCGAGGGUCUCCUUGUAUUGGGCUUUGGUCCCACAACCUCUCGAUUUCUGUGCGCCAUUAGGUGAUGAUUGAGGUUCACCUUUUGCGUGAAGGUCUUUCCACAUUUAACACAGCAGAAUGGUCUCUCGCCAGUGUGGAUGCGUAGGUGACAUUUCAGAUUCCCUUUCUGGGUGAACCCUUUGCCACAUAUGCUGCAACUGUAGGGCUUCUCUCCUGUGUGGACGACGUAAUGAAUCCUCAGAGCAGAUGGGUUCGCGAAGGUCUUUCCGCACAGCUCGCACGACUUACUGAUUCUCUGAGAGGGAACGGGGGGCACGCAAUUGUGCGAGUUUAACUUGGUCCUGUGGGGGAAAUGCUGCUUACAGAUGUUGCAGAAGUUUGACUUGUGUGAUUUCAUGUGGUGUGUCAGAGUGCCCUUGUGAAAGAAUGUCCUGUUACAUAUUUUACAAGUGAAUUUGUUUGAAUUUCUGACAGUUUCAGCAUCAGCCACAUUAAAGCUGUUAAAUGAA